AUGAGUGUACCAGAAGAUAAACCAAAAACAAAAAUACUUUUGAUUGGUGAUACAGGUGUUGGCAAAAGUUCACUUGGUAAUUUUAUUUUAAAGAGUGAUGUUUUUAUAGUAGGUGAUGGUGCUAAUUCAGUAACAAAAGAAAUACAUAUUGGGUGUGAAGGAAAAGAUGAUAGAAGUGAUUUAGUUGUUAUUGAUACACCUACUCUUCAAGACACAAGUAAAGAGAAUGAAAGCUGGUUAAAUGAAAUGAUUAAAUAUAUUAUAGGGCAAGGAGGGAUACAAACAAUUGUUAUUGUUUUAGAUUUUAAUAAUGAUAUACUUUCUCAUGAUUUAGAAACAUUGAUCGAAAUUAUGUGUAAUGUUUUUCCAUUUUAUCCCUUUUGGAAGCAUGUUUGUAUUGUAUGGACUAAGUGCUAUUGUUAUACACCAAAAAAUAUAAUAGAGAGUCAUAAGACGAUGAAAAAAGAUUUUUUUAAUAAACAAAUAAAGAAACGUAUUGAAGAAAUAACAAAGAGAGAAGAAAUUAUUAAUAUGCCACUAAUGGUUUAUGUUGACUCGCAACCAGAAGGAGAAGACAAUAGUAGAUCAAAGGAGGAGAUUGAAAGACUUCUAAAAGAGGUUCGGGGUUUAGGUGAUAUUGAAAUUUAUAGGGAUUUAGAAACAAAAGGCUCUGAAUAUAAAGCAAUCAUAGAAGAAAAAUAUCGACAAGAGGAUUUAACAGAAAGUGAUAGUAAUACAAUACCACAAGUCAAAUACAUGAGAAGAGAAAUAAGAAUCGGAUAUAAUGGAAUAAUUAAUUGUGGUGAUUGGGAAGUAGUAGCUAAUAACACAAACAGUAAUAGAGUAAAGAAUUUCUUCGUUUGGUUAUUAGAAUGUUGGAAUCACUUCGUAAAAGGUAAUGCUUAA